AUGGGUUCCCUAGGCGUUGAACACCGUAAGGUCAUCAUUGUCGGAUGCGGCCCUGUCGGCUUGACCACCGCGACUAAUCUGGCAAGGGCUGGUGUACCGGUGCUGAUACUGGAGAGAAACCAUGAAGUCGAUCAAUCGCCUCGGGCAUCUGCAUAUCAGCCAUGUGCACAAGCCGAACUACUCGAGACUGGAACUCUAGAGGAUGUCAAGGCAGAAUCAGUCAUCAACGAUCGUCUUUCAUUUUGGGUCGACAAAGAACGAGUAGCAUAUGUCGACAAGAGAGAAGGUGGUGAAAUUUUCCCAGCAGGAAUCAACUGCCCGCAACCACAGUUGGCUGCUAUCUUGUUAAGACACUUAACGACCAAAUACAAUUCCGAAGUCAGAUUCAACCAACAGGUCAUCGAAGUGACCCAGGAUGAGGCAAGCAACAUAGUCACUGUCACAGCCCUCAAUCCUGCUACGAGCGAGCAUACGAGAUAUACUUGCGACUGGCUUAUUGGCACAGAUGGCGCUGGCUCAAGUGUUCGCAAGCUAUGCAAUAUCGCCUUUGAAGGAUUCUCCUGGCCAAAAGAAGAUUUUGUUGCCACGAAUAUCAAGUAUGACUUCUACAAGCACGGCUUUACGACCGCAAACUUUGUCCUGGAUCCUGUGAAUUGGGCAGUCGUCACCAUCCUGGGUGCCGAGAAGGACCUUUGGCGUAUUGCGUUCGGUCUACGGGCCGGCCUAACAAACGAGGAGAUCCGAGCUGAAUUGGACGAGCACUACAAGCACAUCUUCCCCGUCUGGCCGGUUGAGUAUGAGCUGGUCCAACUCAAUAAGUACAAGCCCCAUCAGAGGUGUGCUGCCACAUUCCGCAAAGGCAGGGUGAUGCUGGCUGGCGAUGCGGCACAUGCAAGUGAUAUGCUUUCCCAUAGCAACAACCCUAUUGGCGGCUUAGGGUUGACGACGGGGCUCCUGGAUGCAGGUCCCUUAGGACGAGCUCUCGCGGCUGUGAUCAACGGCCGAGCGCCCGAAUCACUGCUCGAUAUCUGGGCCAAGGCUCGACGUGACAAGUGGCUCAAUUUCACAAACGAAUUCUCCAUCGAGAACAAGCGGCUCAUCCAGCGUGGAGGAUACAGUGAGGAUCCCUUGGGAAUUUGGAAGAUCGACGACGUCGCAAGGGAGCAUAAUAUGGAGCAAUGGCUCGCGAUGGCCACCCCAGAAAAGAAGGACGCGGACCUGAGAUUCUACAAGGCCCUGGAAGAUCCCAAAGUCCAGCUCAUGAGCCGUAUGAAGCAGUGGGAGAUCACCAUGGAUCCAUCGUGGAUGGCGGAAUAUGAGGAUCCCGAAAUUGUAAAAUAUCGGAUCUCACUCCGACCUCCUAUGCUCUCGGCUGGCACGAUGGCAAACAGCGAGUAG